CCGGACACUUCUUAGAAACAUCGAUAAGUUACGGCGGCACCUUGGUCAAAGACAAUAACAGAAUAAGUUUUUGUUUCGUUUGUUUGUUUGUUUUGAGCACCUGUCGCAAUGGCUGUCAGUGCCAUCGGCUCCCUGUCUUCCAAGUUAUCCCUGGGCCUGCUCAACUUUGUGCUGGCCGUCAGUUCCGGCUGGGCACUGAAACACUACAGCAUCGGCCGGUACGCGCUAGCCGCAUAUGGAUUAUUAUUUGCACACAGCUUAUUCUGCAUUCUGCACUGCACGCAUCCCAAUCCCGGCCAGGUGCAGCGACGCAUUUGCGAGCUAUCACUACGCUAUUCGCCAGUCAUCUUUGUCACGCUGAUCGUCGGCCAACUCCAGAGCUUCUUUGUUGGCCCGCAACCAAUCUUCGCUGGCAGCUCCAGCUGGCAUCCCAUUGUAUUCAGUUUAUACAUCAGCCUCUUGGCGCUGGUUAGCGUGCGCAGCUGCCUCAACGAGAAGUCGAAACUGGCCAAUGUCUUGGCCCGGCUGGAACGCCUUAAUCUCGCGCUCUGUGUGUUGUGGAAUGUGUUCUGCCUGUGGCACAUUGCCAUCGCCGAUGAGUUUUGGUGGUCCUUGGGCUUGGCCCUGUUGGUGCUGCUCAAUCACUUUGUGCUCUGGCGGCUAACACUGAGAUACAACAUCUCACCCCUGGAGGUCGGAACAGUUGGCAUGUGCUUCUCCGUCAUAUUUGGCAUUAAUGCAGCCCAGGAGAUGAUCGAGAGCAGGAGAUGAUGAUGAUGAAGAGGAUCACGAAUCGAUGACGAUGGGACCAGGCAAUCUUGUUAACCAAAUGUUGGAUUGAUGCUGCAUUUAGCACAACACCUCGAGACAUAUUUAUAUUAAUUAAGAGUUGAUGUUUUUUAUAUACAUAUAUACUUGUUAAUAUGCAUUUCAUUCGAAUGCAUAUUUAGUCAAUAAACGAACAUUUUUAUAUGCGCAA